GAUAAAUGGAUGCAAAGGCAGACGAGACUGGAGGGCUGCUUGAAACUCUGCUACAAGUGUACAGAUGGAGGGCGGACCGUGUUAUUCACUCUAAGUUCUUUUUUUUUUACUUUCCCUCACCAGCAUGUCUGGCUUUUGUCUCUAGGAGAGGGGACACAGGCUGAUCCCGAGGAAAAAAAAUAUAAGUGUACUGGAAGCCUUUUGCAGUGGGGGCCACAGGGUCAGCCGCAUAGACUGUGUUGAACUGGGCACACUCGGCUCAAUUGAGUUUUACCAGACAGGAGGAAGGGAGAGAAAGCAGACACCGAAAAGGGUCUGGAAGUUAAACUUUGUGUUUGGCCAAACUGGACUGAGUUUAUACUACACAUCACAGGAGUGACUUUUUUGUUUUAUUUUAUUUUUUAUCUCAACUCGCACACUGGAAAAAAAGAGCUGAGUUUGCGUUGAAGUGCGCGGAGAAAAAAGGCAGCAUGGUGCAGAAGAUGAGCCACGCAGAGAGCACCGCGGACGCGCUUUCCUCCUUCUUCAGUGGAGACUCGAGCUCCGGGUCGAGCAUGGAUCUGGACCCCGUUGACUCGCCCCUCUCCCCAGGCUCCACAGCCUCUUCGACCGCCGGUGACAAGCUGGGAGACAACCCGGCGUGGUGUAAAACUCCGAGCGGCCACAUUAAGAGACCCAUGAACGCAUUCAUGGUGUGGUCACAGAUCGAGAGGAGGAAGAUUAUGGAGCAGUCUCCGGAUAUGCACAACGCCGAGAUCUCGAAACGGCUGGGGAAGCGAUGGAAGCUUCUCAGAGAUAGCGACAAGAUCCCCUUCAUCCAGCAGGCGGAGCGGCUGAGGCUCAAGCACAUGGCGGACUAUCCUGAUUACAAGUACCGGCCCAGGAAGAAGGUAAAAUCGAGCGCUUCCAAGCCAGGAAGUGCCGGGGAAAAGGGCGAAAAAGUCAACAGUAGCUCGAACAGCACCAGCAUUAAGUCGUCCUCAUCUUCGAGGAAAAAUGGACUUAAAUCACCCAGCAGCAAAUCCCACAAAUCACUUUUCGGGAACAGCAGUAGCACCAAAGCCUCACAGUUUGCCUCUGAGCAGCCUCCGGAUCACCAUCACCACCACCACCGCAACAACAGCACCCCCCUCUUCAAGUCCAAGUCGGUGUCGUCCACAGCCAAGCAGGUACCGGAAGGCAAGAAGGCCAAGCGGGUGUACCACGUCUACGGGGGCGGGUUGAGCGUCAGUCUCGCGUCGUCAGUCACAGUCCCGGCCAGUCCUACACUGAGCAACUCAGCGGACUCCAGCGACCCGCUCAGCCUGUACGAGGACGUGUCCAGCGGCAGGGACGAGGGAAGCGAGUCUCCUCCGGCAGGAUCGUCGGAGCGUCAAGGCGGCCAAACGUACAGCAGUCGGCGGGCUUCCUCGCCUACACCCUCCGGCUCCCACUGCUCCGCCUCCUCGUCGUCGUCUUCCUCCUCGGAGGACGAAGAGUUCGAGGACGACUUGCUCGACUUGAACCCCAGCCCCAGCUUUGACAGCAUGUCGCUGGGGAGUUUUGGCUCUUCGGUUCUGGACAGGGACUUGGAUUUGAACUUUGAGUCCGGCUCAGGAGGCUCCCACUUCGAGUUCCCCGACUACUGCACGCCUGAAGUCAGUGAAAUGAUCUCCGGGGAUUGGCUGGAGUCCACCAUUUCUAACCUGGUGUUCACAUACUGAGACCACGGUGAGCACAACCGACGCCCACAAACCGAGCACUGAGUCCUGGAAACGAGUCGGUGCGCAGCUCCCGUUUUGUCUCCGAACUGCCAGACCAGUAGUAUCCAUUGAAAACUAGCGCCAUGGCUUCUCUUCUCGUCUGAAAGUGCUUCGAAAGCUCAACCUUUAAAGCCGAAAAAGGGCUUCGCUUUGAAUGUGCGGACUGUGGAGGAUUGUGGAACAGGCGAACGUGGAGCGGUGCAAAACAAGCGAGACGGGCAGAAUCGCAACACUGGUUUCGGUUUCCUGUUUGAGAAAAGACUGACGGUGAACUGGCUGACCCGAACAACUUUACUGUGAUUGAUUUGCACGUUAUGCGGUCCGCCGUUCACUUAAUCAAUGUUGUUGCUGAUUAUUUUUUAAUGGGACAUUUCACAACUUUUUUUACCGAUUUGCCAAGUGAAUUUCACCACUAAAAAGGUACAUAACUCUGGAUUGCCGUGCGACAUUUUUACUCACGUUUGGCCACAGAGGGAUUUUGUAUGAAACCAAGGUGGGUUGUUUUUUUCCCCAAGUUUGAUAUCUUCUCAAAAGAAAAAAAAACAAACAAAAAAAAACAACAAAAACAAAACAAAAAACACGUUUAAGCAUGAUCGCUUUCUUUGUUCCUAUGUUGUGCUGACAUGUGAGACUGUCGAGCAGUUACAAAUAGUACAGUAUUAGGGUUAGUUAAAGGUAUAGAUAGCCAAACCUCAGUUCGUCUCUUAAAAAAACAUGUUUUGAGGGAUACCAUGACACUGAAAUGAUCACCAGCUGUUUUAAUAUUUCAAACUUCAGGAUUCAAACGCAACUGCAAAUCAGUGCCGAACUUUAUACACAUGUUCUUUACUAUUCAGGACCAAAAUUAUCAUUUCAGAUAAUAUUUUAUUGAAAAUCCUCACCAAUUUUUAUUUUCAUCCACAGAGCUUUGUUUUGUACAUGUUUUCAGAUGCCAUUUUAUAUGGGAUGUUGUAUUUAUAUACUGGGCCAAGCAGUUUUGUCUUUUUUAUUUCAUGUUUAGUCCUGUUUUUGUUUUCUCACACAAUGAUUUGUCAUUAUGUCACGUUUUCUUCUCAGGCAAAGGGCUAGAAUUUUAAAAACACACAACAUUGAUUCCUUUUUUUAAUACAUAUAUUUAAAUGUACACACUUUUGGACACUUAAAAUAUAGGAAACGGUUUGAUUAUUUUCUCAGUGUAUUUUUGUACAAAUCUAUAUGGAGAAGGAAGAGUCAACAAUCGAUCUGUGGAGCCUCGUAAUUCAGUGACAUUUGGGUUUCCUGAUUUUGAAAGCUCAGAUGGCUGGUUUCUAUGCUGCUUUCAAGGUCUAUUGGAAAGCUUGUGAUUUUGUUUGUUUGUUUUUUUUAUAAUUGCCUGCUCAAAUUCCUUUCCACUGGUAAUGAGUAAAACGUACCAUAAUACACUGUGGUGGUCAAUGUUGAGUUUUGUUCAGCUAUGUUUGGCUAUUUUCACAAAGCAGAUACCCUUAUCAGUUAUAGAGCUGUAAUAGAGAGUUCUAAUUUUGUCACAGUAUCAUAAGCAAGACUCUUGAUUUUUUUUUUUUUUGUCACUAAUCUCGUACUGUUAUCUCAGACCUAUAAUGUUUAAGAAUGCAGGAGAAAACUCAUGGAAUGUUUAAUUUCCCAAUAGCCCCUGAAUGCAGCACCAGCCUCUGUGGCAGACUACCUUUUACUGUUUACAGUGCCAGUCUACAGGCUUCUUUAAGACACAUGAACUGAUUAUUGCCAGAAGCUAUUCCUGUGGAGCAUGUGGUUUUAACAGUCGGUCUCUGAAGCAGCCACUCCUUUUUAUUUAACUGUCUUUCUGAUAUAUUGCCUACAACAACACAUGAGGAGAUAGUAGCUUUAAAACUGACGUUUUUCUUGAUGUUUUCAUGAAUUGAUGUCAAACUCAUCCACCAGCCACUGGAUUCAAUCGGCUUUCUUUUUAGACAGCAAACAAAGUUCAAGAUCAAGCAUAUUCAAAUUUCUGACUUGAGUUCCGCAACAACUACUUGUACUGCGUUUCUCAUUGUAUUUGAAUAUAUAAUCUUUUCUACUUGUUGGCUACUAAUAGAUAAUUGUUUAGUAUGUUUAUGGCAUGGUGAAUAGCAUUUGUAUUUCGGAUUCAGGUUACCUAGCUGUUGUGUUUUUCAGAAAAAAAUGGAAAAAAAUGAGGUAAAAUUCAACUCAAUCUUUGUAUAUUUGUCUGUAUCAUAAAGCAAAAAGAUUGUGUGUUUAUGUAUGUUGUUGCUAUCAAGGACAGGCACUGUCUCGAACGACUAUCUAUUCUACAUCCUUACUUUUAAGAUAGUCAGUUCAGGACUUUUAUAUAUAAAUAUAUAUAAAUGAAAUCGUUUUUAAGUAUAUUAACUUUAUUUUUCAUCCAUCCUGUGCAAUAUGCUGUGUAGAAUUAUCAUGUAUUGUCUCUAAUCAUGCCAUAAACAAAGGAACCACCUUUUUUUGAGACUCAGAGAAAGGGAGGAGCACUCAUGCCAGCUAAAUUGUGUUCAUUCACUGCCUGUCAGAUUGUUGAUAUCAACUUGUGUACAGAACUUUUUCAAGGAAGGAAAUAAAUAUCAGCUGGAACUGAAA